AUGUCACCUUGGGCCUGUGACAUCGGCGCCCCGGCGGGUAUAAAAGGGGCUGCUCCCAGAGGGGGGGAGCAUUUGGGGGAGAACCUCGGUGCUGCUAGGCAGGAGUUUGGAGACGACUCGCCAACAACCUGUCCUGUGUCCACCGUGCAGCGGAAGGCCCCGACGGGGGAGAGAGAGCGAGGGCAGAGUAGCUUCGUGGACCCCGCACGGGCGCCCGGCACAGCAGGGAUGGGGGAGCUCCUUCCCUCCCCAUCAGUCCCUGGUGCCCGCAACACCUCCUGCUAUGGUGUCCGCAGCAGGGGGAAGAUGGUGCCUGGGUGCAGCUCGUCUUCUUGGGACUGCGUCGUGGCACGCUGUUUGGAAAAGAACAGCCAGGAGCUGCAGCAGCUGGAGAGGCAGGUGGCCCAGAUGAAGGAGCACUUUCAAAUGGCAAAGAGGGAGGCAGCCGCAAGCCUGGAAGUGGCGCAGAAGUUACCCUUUCCGGCGCAUGGCUCCCUGCGACGUCGCCCGCUGGCUUCGCAGAGGGAGCAGUGGUCGGAGGUGGCAGAAGCUCUUCAGGAGCAGGCUCUGAUCAAUGAGCUGCUCAGGAACAAGCUCCAGCACCUGCUGGAGAGACAGGCAGGUCUCCAAGAGCCAACAGCUUUCAGGGGGAAGACGGCGCAGGCAGACAUGGCAGGCGAGAGCCUGCUGCAGGAGCUGGUGGCUGCGCGGCUGGAGGAGCAGCUGGCGUCAAGGAGGCAUAAGGUCACUUCUUGGCUGCGGAGAUUUCUUCUGUUCCUCGCCUUCCUGCAGAUCGCCAUCCUCAUCUUGGUCCUCCUGAAGAGGGACAUCCUCAGUGGAGUGCUGACAGACGCCUUUGGGAGCUGCCCAGUGAGGUCCCGGUUCUCUUGAAAUAAAACUAGAAAGAGAACAAAGAAAUCUGUGAUUGUAGGACAAGCGCGUCACCUUGUCAACGUUACGUAAGAAAAACCACCAUGUAAAGAUGGCUUUGAAGCCAUGUGCAAGGGACCUUGACUGACAAGAAGGGGAAGGGCCUUGCUGUUGGAAGGGGAGGCCGCUGUCGUCGGUGCCCUUAGGAGCCUCCUGGGCUGCUUAUGUCCUGCUGUCGUCCCUCCAGCAGGUCUCUCCGAAAUCCCCCAUGAGGACCAG